UCACAGUUUCCACCCAAAUAUUACUGGUGGUUUUUCGAAACAGUCCCAGGUAUGACUGGGGUGCUGCUGUUAGUCAUCCUCGCCAUCAUGUAUGUCUUUGCAACUCACCACUUCAGGCGAAUUAGCUUCCAAGGAUUCUGGAUCACUCAUCAUCUCUACAUCCUUCUCUAUAUCUUGGUUAUCAUCCAUGGCAGCUAUGCUCUGAUCCAGCAGCCCCGCUUCCACAUUUACUUCAUUGUCCCAGCCCUCCUAUAUGGAGCAGACAAACUCCUCAGUCUGAGCAGAAAAAAAGUGGAAAUCAGUGUGGUGAAGGCUGAACUCCUCCCAUCAGGAGUCACUUACCUUCAGUUCCAGAGACCCCAGGACUUUGAAUACAGGUCUGGGCAGUGGGUUCGUAUUGCUUGCCUGUCCUUGGGGACUACUGAGUACCACCCCUUCACUUUGACCUCUGCCCCUCAUGAGGAUACCUUGAGCCUUCACAUUCGAGCAGCUGGACCCUGGACAACGCGCUUGCGGGAACUCUACUCCCCAGAAAGCAUAGCAGAAAUUGGCCGAUAUCCCAAGCUAUAUCUGGAUGGACCGUUUGGAGAAGGACACCAAGAAUGGAACAAAUUUGAGGUUUCUGUGCUAGUAGGAGGAGGCAUUGGGGUGACACCUUUUGCAGCCAUCCUCAAAGAUCUUGUCUUCAAGUCUACAGUUGGCUCCAGGAUCCUGUGUAAGAAGGUGUAUUUCAUUUGGGUGACCCGGACACAGCGCCAGUUUGAGUGGAUGGCUGAUAUAAUCCGUGAGGUGGAAGAGAACGAUAAAUGCGAUCUGGUCUCUGUGCACAUUUAUAUCACACAGCUGGCUGAGAAAUUUGACCUGCGUACCACUAUGCUG